AUGCGGCGAUUCUGGGUCUCAGGCGACAUCGCAGCUCCUUUGCCCGAGAACAACAACCGCACACACUCGCGGCAACCUGCCCGUGCGACAACGGCACCAGGAAGCGUCCGAUCGAAGCAGCGACUGAAAUCACUGACGCUGCCGGAGGUGCCUGGAGCCGAAUCCACGGAAGCCGCAGAGGUUGUGGACCUGCCACAGCGGCCGCAGACCACUGACAAUCCUGGCCACCACCAGCCUCGGCCACAACAAUCAGCGAAGAUGGCAUGGAUUGCGAGAGCCAACCAUGUUCCCUUGGACACUUGUUUACAAGCUGCUGACCUGUUCCUAGAGCAAGUUGCCGCGCUGGAGAAAAACUUGAAUAUCGACCAGUUCGGCAAGU